AUGAUAAUAUACUUAUUGGCCUUAUCUCAUUGCUUCUCUGCACAAAGGAUGGACCUAAAAGAAAGGCAGAACUCUAUCCCUUUCUUUGCUCUCCCUGGUCCAGGCAUGGAUGCUCCACCUGGGUUAGAAGUGUUUCACCAUAUCAACAAGAUGUUGCAGUCAGGAAUCCAAGAAUGGACCAAUAUCCUCAAGGAAGUGUUCAUGAUGGAAUCCCAAUUUAAGGAACACAGCUUUUGGCAGUUCAUUGGGGAUCUUUUGUCCUAUAUGCCAACACCAGCAGUUCAGGUCACAUUGAUGCAAUUUCACGCUGAGACUCAGAAGUUUUACCUUCAUGAGAAUGAUUUAGGGUUAUUUCAACUCCAAAACCUAAACCAAAUGAUACUUAAAGCCAAAAAUGUCAUGAAAGAGCAUAUUGAACAGCUUCAACAGGAUAAGGUGACUGAAAGUGACAGGAUCAUAAACACAUUCACAGACAAUGAACAAGAAAAGCUGGGACAAUUUAAGAUCGACCUUGCAAAACAAUGGUCCCCAGUGGAGAGUAUUGAGCUUCGGCAACACUGGGUCUUGCACUUGAGCACAUACUCAUAUGUGAACAGUCAUGUCAAGGGAAUGCUGGAGACUCAAGUGAUCCUUGAGAGCUGGGUAAAGGCGGAUACCCGAAAUAUAUUCAAAAUGGCAUCUCAUCAACUGGGUGAUCCUUUUGAAGAUCUGGUAACUAAACGUAUCCUUUCACUAAAAGAGAAUUUGAUCAAUGAUAUCAACAGUUCAAACAACAGUGACACUGACAGCUUUGUGGCAGCGCAAAGCACCUUGCGUAAUGGUCUGAUACUCACCGGUAAUGAUAGAUUCACUCCAGCUGCAUAUAGGACAGUUAUGUCAUUUUGGGUAAAACAUCCGGGAUUACAUGACCAUCCCUUAGAAAGACUUAUACUAUUAAACAGCAAACAUAUGGAGCUCAUGAUUCAUCAAUUUCAAAAAUCGCCAACUCUUCAAAAUUCCCAUAAUGAUCUCUUGACUAGAUUUCUCGAAUUCUUUCUUGAUCAGCCACAAGACAUUCGUCUUGGAAAAUUUGCUCUGCGUGGUUUGGAUAACAUAAAUUUCCUCAAGACUUUCCGGAAACGAGGUCGAGAUGCCGCCUAG